GUUCGCUGGCCGACCACACUCUGCCGACCCGAACCGCGGUUCUGCAACGCCCUACCACCAUACCCGAACCCAAGUCAGUUCUACUAGCCCUCGCGUUGCCGGCAUUCCAAGGACUUGAUCAUUCGCUUCGCGGGUCUACCAAAGGCACCUUUCUUCGCCUCAGUGCUGUCAAGAUGAUCGGGUCAUGACCUCAAUCCCUCCGGCCGAACCGCGGCCCCCAAGGCGUCCUCCCGAUCCAUCUCGACCUCCACUCGAUCGAGUACAAAGUGAUGUUUUCUCACCCAUUGGCAGACGGCCGCCCGUUGCACCGAGACAAUUAACAGAACCGGGGCACGAUAGACCAGCCAAGCGUAGGAGACUUGAGGGAGAUGUCACGGGCACCACCGCCGCUGCCAACCACAAUCAUGGGACGUCCACCACAACCACAAUAUCAGACACUAAACCCUCUCGACUGCGGCUGGUCGCGCCGUCGGCCCUUGGUUUCGGAGUUCGUAAAUUGCAGGACGAGAAGAAAAAGGAGGAAGCAGCAGAUGAGAACGAGGUGCCAGAUCUUCCUGGUCGUCCCUGGAACCUUUCGCAGCCGUCAAAGCCAACGGAGGAACCACAACCCUCCCAUCGGCGAAGAGUCCAUGUACCGGUACCCACUGGUCCCGACUCUCUAGCAACUCCGGCAUCAGUACCCAGCUUGGUACCCAAUAAGGUGGCCGGGUUCUUUCCGUGGACAGGUAAACAUCCAGAGGACGUGCUCAACGACACCAAUGUCAAGCAAGGGUAUUGGGACAAGCCACCGAAUCCGACGGAGAAGGAGCUUAACACAGCGCGGGUGCCAUUGUACAAUGCAUUCAAGCACAAGUCUGGUGUGGAACAACUCUCUGUAUUAUUCUCCCUUGUACUGGACGAGAGGAGUAAGCAUGGUCACAUCAGUUCUGCGUCGACCUUUAAGCCUCCACCGCGAGUAACCUUGACUGAAGCGAAGAGGAAGUCAUGGAUCGCUGACCUGGCAAAUGCUGAUGUGCCAUUACGGAAGCUUAGCAGGACCAUCCCACAGGGUAUUCGCGGACAGCUGCUCUUGGAUCAAUGUCUACAAAAUUACGUCCCUCUGAGUCGUGCGAUCUGGUUCGCAAAGUGUGUCUGUGCAAAUGAGAUCAGGACUCUCAAGAGGAAAGGCACCACUCCCGCGGUUGCCAUGGGCACAGAGGGAAAAUGGCUCCGUGAGUGGACUAUCAGCGUGGAACAGUAUGUCGAGUCGCAUUUGGCACAAGUCAAACGCCUGGAUUGGCGGGAGAAUAUACAGUACGCUGUUCGACUUACCACCCGUUUGUACAUGGAGAACCUGCUGGAUCGGGAUCACUAUCUGGACUGGGUUUUACGAUCCUUUGCCAAUGCAGACCUUGAACAGCUGCCUUUCUGGCUGAUGGUGACCCACAUUUACCGGCAAGAUCUAAGCUAUUACCGCAAACGAGGGAGAAAGCUUGCCGAAACUCUGGUCGAAAAGUACGAGUCGCUACGGACUUUGACCAGUCAGACUGUGGUGCCCGUCGUGCAGAGACUUCGAACCGCAAUCCGAGGUCUACUCCUCAGCCGCCCAAGGAAUUUCCUCAUGCCGGACAGGUGGCCAGACGUCGCUCCAAUCAUUCGCACAUGUUUUGAUGCACGCAUUCAACAAGAAGGCCAAGUCCUGGACGAACUCGAGCGCAUCAACAGAAAGGCAAUGGGCUACAACAAGUUGGAAUGUUCUGCUCAAAGAACUCCUGAACAGGCGAUCGUGGAGACUUUGGACUCUUUGCAGCUACCUUACGACCUAGCUAAGCUUGCAGACGAACUUACCAGAGUUUGUCCAGACAGUGACUUCCUCAUCACGACGUGUCUUGAAUGGGCAUGCACUCGCUUUCGGCAGUCGAGAGCUCGGAUAUACGUUCUCGCCCGUCUGAUCAGACGCUGGCAGAGACUCGGGCACGACACGGAUGCCCUCAUCUUGAACUAUCUCUCGGCGUAUAGAGAGGGCAAGACCAGUACCGAUCCCAAAGCCUUGAGACAUCUAGUUGGACAACUUUCGAGAUCCAAUUCUUUUUCCACCAGCAAAUACCUACAGUGGCUUAUGGUGAGAGGCCUCCCCAAACGUGGCACCGUCAAACUCGAGGUGGCUUCCACCAGCAAGCACGCGGAAGCAGAUGUCCAUACAAAUCCUGCCGAUUUCUUGCUCGAUCUUUCUCUUCAGAAUGUGGAGGAGCAUGUCGUCAACUUGCGCAACUCAAUUCUGGAACGUGCCGGCUUCGACCUUCAAUUGGAGUCGAAACUCUACGCGCAAUGCAUUGAAUUUAGUGAGCAGCGAUUGGGACAGCUGGGUUCGAGAUCUGCCUAUGGACAAACAAGUGUACCGCAACCGGCCUUUGGUUCUUUGCCAUGGUCUGUAAAAUCGAAAGUGUCUCUGUGGUUGAGAACGCGAGUCAGAGUCAUGCAAAGCUCUACACAUUUCGUUGGUCGGGGUACUGCAACAACGGUCUUACCCCCAUUUGGAAUGCUGAACGUGGAGCAGUUUGCAUUUGUCCGAUAUGUCCUUGAAUGUAUGGAUGAUGGAUCUGUCCUUGCCGAUGUCGUCGGCAUCUUGUGCUGCGCACAACACGAUGAAUUGGUUGCAGCUCUGGCUGCCACUAUUCAAUUCCACGCGGACUCGUUCUCGGCGAUAGGGGCGUUGGAGGUGCUGCAGAAACGAAUGUACCAGAUAUACAUCAACUGGCGUGCGACCAGGCCAGCAAUGCCGCUGCUGACAAAUGCGCUUCUGGAUCUUUGUACGGCAAUUCCUAUUAAGCCGCCAGCACUCAAAUCAUUGCAACAAGAUUUUGUCAGAGGUGACCGCGGACGAGCGGUUGCCGCCUGUUCUCCAUAUAGUGAUGGUAUUGCCGAAUCGCUACAACAAGCCGGAGCCACCUUCGUGGAAGAUUUCGAAGCUAUACUGCAAUCUGAGCCAAAUAUGACGGAACAAACCAUGAAUGGGCUAUUUUCGGUGCUUGUCGAUCGUAUAGAGAAGCAGCAAAGGUUUAGCGACGACUCAAGCAUGAUGUUUUCAUUCUGCCAGCUCCUGAGCCGCUUACGGUUGUGCCGGAAAACACAGGCUGAUCUGCUGAUUCAAAAGUGGCUAGCAAGACUCGGGCCAAUGCUGGAUGGAAACUUUGGCUCAUUUCUCUUUCAGAACCUCAUCGGAACUGGCUGCGUUAGCUUCGCAGCCUUCUUGGAGGGUAUUGGUGUUGCGAAACUUGGGCUGCGGAAGCUCCCCGCUGCUACAGUACUGUUGCGGCGUAUACUUGCUCCAGGAAGAGACAUCUUAGCCGACCUGGCCAUGUAUCAGACACGUACCAGGUGGUUCGAGUUUUGUCAACAACGCCCCAAGGCCGCAAUCCAAGUCGCUUGUGACGCAGGUAUGGAGAAUGUUCGGCCUUUCGAAGCUUGUCGACUAUCUUCGCUUCUCCUCGACCGUACUCUGACUUCAUCGCCUUUCUCCGAGGAAGCAAGCAGAAGACUGUUACAGGAACUCAAUCGUCUGCUCAAUUGCCGUCACGGUGGUCUUACCGGUGCUGAUCUUCUUACCCUACUCGCCUCUGUCAAUGUUUUCUCUCAUCGCUAUGUGCACCUUCGGUUCUGGUUGACGUCACAAGUUCACCCAGAGAAUCAUCCUGUCGCCGAUUCGGGAGAAUUGGUGCAGCUUCUCUCAGACGCUUUAGAGCAGACAGUGAGCAGAUCUGGCGGAAGACAGGCGAAUGAUGUACGCUUCGCGCAGUUACUUGAGGCGGUCGGAUCUGAUAUUGCCAAUCGGCUUCGGCACAGAGUUGAGAAUGAAUUUCUGGAGGCAUUGCCAAAACUGCCAAUGAGCAAGAUAACCAGUCCAUUGACUGCUGCGUUUCCGGCCGACAUCCAUCAGCUAUCAUCCACGGUGGACCGAGCGUUUCUAGUAUGCACGAAGGGUACCAGUCCCAUGCCUGGCUUCACGGUUCAAUUGAUCGAGAGGCUUUCUCUCAUGAUGCGCCUUCAGGGAAACAAUGUGUCGACUCCCGCAUCUACAGUGCCGGGACUUCCAGGUUCUGCGCCAUUGAAUAUGAACCCUCAUCAGUUGAUGUCGGUGACUUCUAGCCCAAUGGCAAGCACAUCGGAAGGUGUUAGCGGAAGUUCCGCGAGCGCAAACUGGGGUCAACUCAAUUACAUCCUACAGAUGAUAUGUCUACAACGAUUGGCAAUAGUGGCCGCUGGGCGCAACGGACCAAAUGCCAGACAGGGACAAUCGGAACAGAUUCAAUUGUUAGCCCGCUUGGCCCAGCUAUUCGCGAACACCAGAUUUGCGUCCGUGAACCAAGAUAGGGACAAGGAAGAACAGCGGAAAACCAGAGAGCUGCACGACUUUAUUUUGGAUGUACUUUCUACAAUUGUUGACGAGGUCUCUGACGAGGUUAGGAUCAUGUGUGCAAAGCUACUGAGGGAUAAGAGCCAAGAUGACAAACUCAGGUAUGUGUUUGGCAGUGCCAACCUGACAGGAUCUGUGCAGGCACAGGACAUGGGUCAUGGAUUGCAAUUGGUCAAAGAAGGCAAAGGCCUGUUGGGUGAUUGGAAGCCACGAGUGUGGGAAGUUCUGGACAAUGGCAGCACCAAGGAGAACGAGACAUCGCUUGGACUGGGCCUAUUUGGGUGUAGACGGGAAUUGGAGGCCAUCAAUUGAGGCCCUGUGAGCUAUUCCGGAUUUUCUAUGGAUUGCGCAUCUGAGGCGGCAAAGUCAACAUGUAUGUACAGCCAUCUAUUACGAAGUCACGAUUGUUGUCCGACUACUUAUUGUCUAUGGAACCCAGGGGAUUUGGGUUUGGACGUCUGAGAUUUGACACAUCUGGCCAUUGGAGUUUUAAGAAGAGGGAAAGAGGACUACAUAGACGGCUAGAGGUACGUCUCAGAAGAUCUUUUGGCAGAUCGAUGCGUGAUGGCCCAUAGGAUGCCCUCGUGGAGGUGUCUUGGGUAUGCAGGUGACAGAUAGAUAUGUAUGCAUGAUGUAGAUGUCCAGCGAUAU